CAGGAUGAUAGGUAUUUAAUUUUACAACAGGAUAACCCCCUAAUCAUUCAGAAAAAGAAGUGUUAUCUGAAAAUACUCUGUAACAGCCCUACUGAUCUAUUUUCCUUCUCCCAGGAAUUAAAAGUGUGUCAGUAUUUUUUCGGCAGGGAAUAUUGAACAGACUUGAACAGCGGCUUGAGAGAAUUUAUUUUCUGUGAGUUCCGAGGAUCAAUUGGGGAAUUAGUUCCGUCUUUUUCCCCUCAUUGAUCUGUGAUGUUUCAUUAUUUUUUUCUUCAAAAAGAGGAUUUCUUCAUAAAUUGCUCCACAUGAAAUGUUGUUUUCAUGCCCUAUGGAGGUCUCAGGUGUAUGAGAAUAUGAAAGAAGAAAGGGCCGAGCACAAGCGAGCAGAACCAGAAUAUGAGGAGGAGGAGGAGGAAAUCUUGGGCUCAGACGACGAUGAACAGGAGGAUCCCGAGGAUUACCAGAAAGGUGGAUACCACCCAGUAAAGAUUGGAGAUCUCUUCAACAACAAAUACCAUGUGAUCAGGAAGCUAGGCUGGGGACAUUUCUCUACAGUAUGGCUAUGCUGGGACAUGAUAGCGAAGAGAUUUGUUGCUUUGAAGGUUGUAAAAAGUGCACAACAUUAUACAGAGACUGCUCUGGAUGAAAUCAAAUUACUGAAAUGUGUUCGAGAUAGUGAUGAAAAUGACCCAUUCAGGGAACGAACUGUGCAACUAUUGGAUGACUUCAAAAUCUCUGGGGUCAAUGGCACUCAUGUCUGCAUGGUUUUUGAAGUCCUGGGCCACAAUUUACUUAAACUAAUAAUCCGUUCAAAUUAUCAAGGAAUUCCUAUACAAAAUGUUAAACACAUCAUUAAACAGGUUUUACAAGCCUUAGAGUACCUCCAUGACAAAUGUAAAAUAAUUCACACUGAUAUAAAACCUGAAAACGUCUUGAUGUGUGUUGACGAACCUUACAUAAGGAAACUUGCAGCGGACGCCUGUGAAUGGCAGAAGCUGGGAGCAAAGCUUCCCGGAUCAGCUGUGAGUACAGCUCCUAAAGAAAGAGCACCAGAUCUAGGCAAAAUGUCCAAGAACAAGAAGAAGAAAAUGAAGAAGAAGAUGAAGAAACAGCAGGCUUUAUUGGAGAUGCAGAUGCAGCAAAUUGAAGAAGUGACAGCACAGGUUCCCCUAGAUACUGCUGACACGUGUGAUUUAUUGGCUGCUGAGAAAGAGAGGAUGGUGAAUAGUGAGAGUAUGACAAGUCUGGCUCAAUCUGAGCCGGAAAUGAAUGACACAUCGUCAUCGCAGAAUCAUCAGCCAGACACGACCGAGUCAGUAGACAACACCGAAUCCUCCCACGCCAAUAACCAGAUGACGGUAGACAACAACCAGGAAAGUAGCACCGGGAACCAGAUAAACCAGAGUCAGUCAGAUAACAAUAAUACAGAAUGUACAGACACAAAGAAAAAAACAGAUGAAGAGAAAAAUUCUGAGAAUAUUGAGAAUCAAACAAAGUGUUUACCUAACAUUAUGGACCCAGCAAUUAGUGACAAUGACAAUGAAGUGACUAUAGACAUCAAGCGCUCAGCAGAUGCGCUCAUGUGUAACGGACACGGUGAAUCUCAAUCUCAGGUAGACACCAACAGAAACUCCACAAAUGAACAGGAUACUUGUGAAUCUAACAGUGUGGGGGGUGAGGGGAAUCCCAUGGAGGAAGGGUCCACUGAUGAGAAUCAGCGGCGAUCCCAGAGCCCCGGGGUCCAUAGUUCCUCCUCACCCAGUGAAAAAAGCAACUCCUCAGAUAAGAAUUCCUUGAUUCAACCAGAUCCAGUCAGACAAGUUUGUGAUAUUCCUGUCAAAAUAGCAGAUCUAGGCAAUGCCUGCUGGACAUUUUUACACUUCACUGACGACAUCCAAACACGGCAGUAUCGAGCCCUGGAGGUCCUGAUAGGGGCGGGUUAUGGUCCGCCAGCAGACAUCUGGAGCACUGCCUGUAUGGCAUUUGAAUUGGCAACAGGAGAUUAUUUAUUUGAGCCAAAUUCGGGGGAAAACUUUAGUCGUAACGAUGAUCACCUGGCACAUAUAAUUGAGCUGUUGGGUCCUAUUCCACGUGAGAUCAGCCUGUCGGGGGAGAAAUCCAGGAGAUACUUCAACAGAAGAGGUGAACUUCAUAACAUACCAAAAUUAAAACCAUGGGGUCUGUUCGAUGUUUUGAUGGAAAAAUAUGAGUGGGAUGAAGAAGAGGCCAAGAGUUUUACAGACUUUUUAACACCUAUGCUGGCAUUUGAUACCGCUAAACGUGCCACAGCAGCAGAUUGUCUAAAACACCCCUGGUUGAAGGACGCCAAGGAAAUAAACCAGUCAUAAUCACACGUCUCUUAAUUAGUACUAUAUCGAGCUUGGUCAUAAGGGAAAGAACUCUUAAUAUACCAAGGGAGAUAACUGAUGGCUAAUCAGCCUUGUUCUUUCUCUGAAUCCUUGGUUUUUCUCUCUCAACUAAACAGAAUGGAGAGAAUAUUAUUUAUUUCAUGUAUCUAUCCUUAAUUUCUGUUGAGAAAGUGAAUGAACAUUUUAUCAUGUCAAUUCAUUUUAGUGUCCGUAUAAAUGUGAUACCACUUUAAACACUUCUAAGGUAAACAGAAAUAAGAAUUAGAGAAAUAUUUAAUGUUUAUAAAGAGAAGCAGUUUUUGUUAAUAGAAGUAAAUUCUAUCUGAAAGAUUCUUAGCACUGUUUUAUAUUUUCUGGAGUCCACCAGAAGCAAUCCUUGUAGUUUUGCUGCUACAUUUAUUUUGUACAAGUAGAGCUAGGUUUCUUGCAAUAUUGUAAAUUAUUUGAUUUUCAACAGUAGUCAGUUUUAUCUCCUUAGUCACUUCCUACCAACAGUCUACUAAUAUUGAUUAUGAAAGGGGGCAUAAAAUCUUUUUGCUUUUGCAAAAUUAUAUUCCAGUUAUUUUUGUUUUUUGACCAUUGAGUGAUAAAAGACUGAUGAAAAUUGAUUUUCUGACAGUAUAUAUACAACUUGCGUCUUUAGGACAUUUUAUGGGAUUAAAAGUACAUGUAUUUUUAGAUUUACAUACACUGUAUGUCUCUACACUUAAAAUAUUCUAAGAAUGCUUGUCAGUAAUCAUCCAGAAUUAUGUUACAGUGCAAUUAUUGUCUCAUUUGUUUGAUUUUGUAAUCAUUCUGUGAGUUUCAUCAUUUGUAAUUCACAGUAUUUCGAAUGAAUCUGUCUGUUCUUUUCCCUUAAUCUCAAGUGUUCUAGAGAGGUAUGACUGAGGAAAUAUGAUAAAUCACUGAGAAGUUUUACCCAUUUUUUCCUUGUGAUUUAAAGUAAUAAAUAUGAUAAUGAAUGGUAAUAUUUACCAUUAUUAUCAUGGCUCAGUGAUCAAGUUUCUAGGAAUGAAGUUAAAAUGAUGGCAAAUCUCAAGACCUCUUAAGUUUUUACACACACAAAUUAUUAUUACGGUAGUUAAAAAGGAGGCUUGACUGCAUCUCCCAACACAAGGGCAUUUGAGCUCAAAGAAAAGAACUAGUGCUAGAUAGGGACUGUUAUGUAAAGGAUAGAGAGAUAGAAAGUAGAGAAUGGAUAGAGAGAUAGGCUGUAGAGGAAUAGAGCUAGGAGACAAUCAUUUGUCAAAAAACAUUCCUAAUGGACAAAAAAAACUGUGCCACAAGAAAUUGAACAAUGUAAUAUAUCUGAUGUGAAUUUAUAUCUAAACGAGUGCUUAAUAUGAAUUAACUUCUUAUGGUGUGGAUCUCAAGCUGUCAACUAUUAAAGAACUUGAAACAGUGUAUAUAGCCAAUUGAAAUAUGUGUACUGGUAAUACAAAAGCAAACUUGGUUUUUAAAAUCCUGUACAAGAAGACAUGUUUGUUACAUGAUACAUUGUACCUGUAAUUUGUAUGCCGGUUGUUAUGUAAAGCAAGAGCUAUAUUGCUUGCGAAGAGAGGAUGUCUUUGAGACAUAAAGCUAAAUAUAACCAUUGAUUAUGCAAAAACAUCCAAGCAUGAUGCAAAUGACAAUAUGUUGCCAUUAAAUUGAGCUACAGUAUACAAGCUUGUCAAGGUUGAAUUGAGUUUAAAGCAAGGGUUGUGUUUGUUUCGACAGGGAGAGAAUAAGACUGAUUCACAGUCCAUAUUAUUUUGUGUUUUGUGUUAUGUCGAAAUAAAAUGUUCACCAAUUUA